AUGCAGGAGGCUCUGGUAGCAGCCGGACACCCCGGUUGUCAACAGGGCAAUGGCAUUUUUAUAAAACCGUGCGUCCAGCAGGAGGUAGAUUUUUACCACCGGCUACUUGAAAAGGAUAGCCCGCUGUUGGAUGUGGUACCGGUGUUUAUGGGUACGCUUGUGUCUGGGGCCAAGAAAGCACAUGACCAGCUUUUGCUGAAUGAAGACCUCGAGCAGAUCGAUCCAGACCAGUUUUCCCAGCUGGCCAGUGACGGAGAGCUUUCGAUUGUUUUGCGGGACGAGUUAGUGGGGUUUGUCAAGCCGACUAUUGCCGACAUCAAACUGGGAUUCCGAUUAUGGGACGAAAUGGCACCUGCUGCCAAAAAGCAGAGGCUGGACAAUGUCUCGAAAACAACCACGUCGGGGUCAUUGGGCUUUCGGAUUGCCGGAAUGUCGGUAGUUUUACCCGACGGAUCCCGUAAGGUCUUCGACAAGCAAUUCGGUCGCGAGCCGACCGCCGAGAAUAUUAACGACUAUUUGGUACAGUUGUUCCCCCAGGUUGAGAACGAGUAUGUUUGGGCGGUAAUUGACUCGAUCGUACAACGAAUCGAGCACAUUAUCGAGUGUCUCAAGCUCGAGCCCACAAAAAUGUACUCGUGCAGUCUGUUAAUUAUUUAUGAAGGCAGCUUGAGCGAUCUCCAAGCUAAGAUCGAGCACCAAUACCAAGCAGAGCCAGAACAAGACUCAGACACAGACGGCGAUCUGGAAGACGAGCCGGCCAUGGUCACAGUAAAGCUUAUUGAUUUUGCUCACUCCACACUAGCAUCAGAGCCCGAUCUUCAAGUAAUUGAGGGUCUAAAUAAUGUUUCAAAGCAUCUUAUGCCCAAUACCAUUGAAGAUAUCCGAGAGUUUGUCGAGCUGGCGUCCCGUAAAGACGUAAAAUCAGUCAUUAUCAAAACCAACUCGGACUCAAGCACAAAAUUCAAGCUCCGGGGCCACCGUUUUGUCUACACUCUUAACGUCGAAAGCGCAGAGCGGGCCAAAAAGAUCCGUGAGUCGCUUCCGCCCGGAUUGGACAUUGUCGAUAUCUCAUCCAAAGCCCCCAAGUUUGCCAUUUAA